UGUGAACAGGACGCACGUUCACUCUGUUUGGACUGGAACUUAAAACGAAUGACUCUUUCCUUUCUUUUUUUUUCUUCUAUUUUUUUUCACGGCAGGAUUUUAAAUAAGCCACUUUCUAUUGUUUCAACUCCCUUUGAUGCUUUUCUAAGGAUCACACACCCUGACAGAAAAGUUGGGACUGAUUCAGAAAGCAGGGGGGGAAAUCCAGAGAGACAGACAGACAGAGCUGUGCCCUGAAGCUUUCUGGGGAAGAAAGAGGAGACAGAUAAAGAGUCAGAAAUAAUCUGAGGGAGAGAGAGAGAGAGAGAGAGAGAGGGGAGGGAGGGAAGAGCACAGCUGUUGUGCAAAGACGAGGAAAAAAAAUACAGAUAAAAAAGGCGAGGAGGUGCACAAGUGUGAAGGGCGAGGAAAGGAGACAGACAAGGACGACCAAGGCUGGAGAGAGGAAAAAGGGAGAUAAAUGCGAGAGUCAGCAAACAAAAAAGGGCCAGAGACCGAGGAGUAGGUCCAGGCCAAGGCCAAGAAAGCUAUAAAGAGGAGACAAAGUGAAGACAAAACUGAGACAAACAGCGACUAACAGACACCUGACAUCACGGCCAACAGCAAGAAUGGAAGAGCAGCGAGACGACAGGAGAGGCUAGAGAGAGAGAGCGCGCGAGAACAAGUUGUGGUUUGACACGAGGAAGAGGAGUAGAUUUCCUCAUCAUGAUUUAUUCAGCUGAUUUCCCAAAUUUAACCAACCUGUGCCAGAAGAGCAACUUCGUCCCAGGAUAGAAUGAAGAGAGGAGCUGAGAGAUACCUAUAAAAUCUGCGAAACCUCUUUCCUUAUCCUCCACCUUCCUCUCCUCCUUCCUGGCUUUCUCUUUACAUCAAGCUUUAAAUCCGCCAACUUCCUCUUCCUCUGUCCUGACAUCUCCUCUCCUUCCCCCCCUUCUCUCUAUAUCCUCACUAUGUGGAUACCAGCUGUGCUCCUAUGGAUGCUUAAUAUCAGCAAUUUGUGCUCAGGACAAGACUAUACAGACUAUUACCAAUCUGGAGACAUGGGCACACAGUCAAAUGACCAGCUCAGUUUGGAGACAAUAAAAAGUGUGGAUGACCUUCUACAGUUCCUAUACCCUGAAUACAGUGUGAUUCAGCAGUGCCUAAAGAAGAGGUCAUGGCACAGCUCUUCAUCCCCCUCUUCUUCGUCUUUAUCCAGAUCUUCAAUGAGCCCUUUACUCAACGCUAACAAUCAGGACAUGUGGGUUCCGAUGAGGGAGGAGGCUCUUUACAAAGUUGAUGACACUUGGCGAGUCAUCGUGGAGGAGAUUCAACGAACCUCGUGCCAGCCCAGAGAGGUGUGCAUUGAAGUCGCUAAAGAAUACCCAGAAUCCACCAGUCAAUUCUACCUCCCUCAUUGUGUGGCGCUGCAUCGUUGCGGUGGAUGCUGCAACAACGAAGCUUUUUACUGCACAAAUACAAGUUACGCUCUUGUGAACAAGACGCUGAUGGAACUGUCCCAGUCCAGGAUGGAUCGCACUUACGUCACGGUAACCUUCAUCAACCACACUUCAUGCGAUUGCCUCCCCAAGCGGCCGCUCCGCUCCAUCAUCAGACGAGCAGCAACAGAUCACCUGUGCUCUCCUCCUGAACGUGCCUGUGCCUCGGGCUCAGUAUGGGAUCCAGCAAACUGUGUGUGCGUCUCUGCAGACACGAUAAACUACCCUGAGAGAGAGGCAGAAGUGCUGGACUCUGGCCUUCUGGCUCUCUGUGGGCCCAACCGGGUUCUGGAAGAGUCCACAUGUGAAUGCGUCUGUCAAAAUGGACUCACUGAAGCCAGCUGUGAUCCAGGCUGGAAACUGGACCACAACACCUGUGAAUGCCAGUGCGAAGGUCAGGGCGAGGGGAAGUCGUGCCCUGCUGGCCAGAGGUGGGAUGAUGAUCUCUGCGGCUGUGUGUGCGCCGCAGAAUGUCCCGGACACCAGCCUCUGAACCCAGACACUUGUCUGUGUCAGUGCAGAGAGAGUCAUGAGUCGUGCAUGCGGCAGGGCAAGAAGUUCAACCCAAACACCUGCAGUUGUUACAGGUUGCCUUGCAGAAACCCCAGACGCAUGUGCCAGGCUGGAUUUUACUACAGCCGCCUAGUGUGUCAAUGUAUCCCCAACUACCUGAGGUCUCAGUGGAAUUAAGAAACCAAAGGCAGGAGCAGGACUGCACACCCUCCCAUUUAUUGGGCUGUUUAGUCUGGAAACAAAAAGUAAGAAAGGUGGGAAUGUCUCUAGUCAAAAGGGCAGGAAGUGGACCUACAUAUUUACAUGUGAUGACUUACAACAGACUGCAAGUACCACUUGUGUGCAGUGUUGCUUCUCUCAACAAAAGGAGGAUUAGAGCGCUUCCCUGAUCAAAAAGACCAAAGCAGCCGCCCACACAGAAUGAAAAGCAGUCAAAAGGAGACAAAAUGUGGAGAGACAUCUGACUCUCUGGGACUGUUGUCUUCUUAACAUUGUUUAGAACAUGAUCCCAGCUGGAAACAACCGAUUACACCCAGAGACUAGCUAAAAGUACAACAGUGAACAUGGACCAAUCAGACUGAGCCAGCAUUCAUCCCUGCGACGUGUUCGAGCAAGAAAGCCAGCCACCAACCUGCAGUAGAGGCACCGCUCACGCUUGCGUGAAAUGGAAAGUGGAAUAAGAUAAUAACAGAGUAGACUCUGUGCUUUUUGAAAAAAUAAGAAAAGCUUCAGCCAACUUCAAACUUUGGCAUCCCUGAGAGACGAGAUACUUGAGGGGCAGAGGGAAAUACUUGGGAUGCAACUGAACGGUGCCUGGGGCCUUAUAUUCAUACUUUACCUUGAAGAAAGGGUUUUUUUUAAAUUAGACUGAUGAUAAAACUAUAUUUUAUAUGAAAAAAAAAAAGCUCUGGUGCUGUUUCGGUAGAGGUUACAUACCAGACCCUGUUAAAUCAAAUGAUAACUGAAACACUCCCAACUGUUGUUAUAUUUACCAGUUAAUACUUGCCUCUACUGCAGCGCUGCUUUUUGAAGAUUUCUCUCAUGCAUGGUUGAAUCCAGUCGUGACUGACGUUAACAUUUGGGUACAGUUCUGGGUCUUCUACUAAUUUAACUUCACAUGCUCCAAAUAAUGUUAUUUGUACAUAUUUAAAUUUUGUCAUAUUUAAAACAGUGAUUUUGAAGAUUAUGUAUUUGUAAGAUUCUGUAUUUAAGUCACUCAUAACUAAAUAUUGUUGUAGAACAAAGCAAUUUACAUGUCUUUUUACUUUUUUCUACCCUGCAAAAUAUUCUUUCUAAUAGGUUAUUUUGACACAUAGAACGCUCUUUUAAAAACAACAUAUAUUUAUUGCAUUGUGGUAAUUAUUGCAGUUUUGAGCUAUAUGGAUAUAGAGAACUUUAUCAUGCUUUAAUAUUUAAAAGUAGUUCUGAAGUAGAGAUUAAAAGCCCUGUCUGUCUAUUAUGUCUGUGCUGCAGAAGUGCUAAUUUAAUCAUUUUUUGUUUGCUUUUAAAUUAAAAGAAAUUUUUCUAAAGCCAAGGAAAUACAGUAGGUAUAAUAUGUAUUUUAUUGUACAAUGUUCUGCUACAUUGCUUUCCAUUUUCUGCAUCUAAAUAUACAUAAAUAUAAUACAUAUAUACGAUAAUAAUUGAUAAAAUGAGUUGGAAGAUUGUUACUGGUGCCUUUAAAAGCCAUAAUGCAUG